CGUAAUAGCAUCACAGAAUAGAUUUGAUGUGAUAGCACAAACUAUUGGAGACUGCGUACUUGUCAGUAAUACGGUUAUUUUACUAAGUUUUAUACUGUGUCGUAAAUCCAUUUACAAUUAACAUUUAACAUUAAUAUUGGUAUAACAUUAUAAAAUCAAUUGAGAAAUGGAAUCUAAAUUAAUACCCACACGUGCUUUUGUCAAUGGUUCAUAUUUGAUGAAAUACAUCGACAAACCAGUCACUUUGAUUGGUAGUGUAGUAAAGGUCAGUGAUGAUAGCAAAACAUUAACAUUACAAACAACAGACGACCAAGUAGUAACAGUUAACUUCCAUGAGGCCAUUGACAGUUCAUUAGAUGGAUGGGUAGAAGUGCAUGGUUUGGCCAAGGAUAAAUCAACUGUUGGCGGAGAGAGUUAUUACAAUUUGCCAUCAUCAAUUACUGUUGACUUCGAGAAACAACAAUUCAAUGAAACUAUUCGGUUAAUAUACACCUUAGCAAAUCCAUUGAAGUAAUUAACGUUAAUUAAAUUUCAAGUCAUGGAUAGAUAAAUAUUAAGUUAAUAUUUACUGAAUUUUGUAUUUAAAUAUUAUCAU